AUGCAAACGGCGCUCAUUUCUUGGCUCCUCCUCCUGUUGGCCGUCGCAGUCGCUUCUCAACCCCUGUUCGGCCUCGAAAAGCAGUUAUUGUACUCGUUUCAGGACCCUGACGAGGUAAGAACAUCAUAUGGAGCAAAAUAAAGCAAGAGAAAAAAUGGCAAAAAGGGAAGUAGGUUCCACCGAGAUUCGAACUCGGGUCGCAGGAUUCAAAGUCCUGAGUGCUAACCGCUACACCAUGGAACCGGUGGGGGCGCGUCGCGCACUUUGGCGACAAAUUCCUUGUCCUCGCGCACGGACUUUCCAAUACAAACAUUGAAAAUUUCUAGUUUGAAGGAAGAACUUCGCUUUUAUCAUGAUUACAGGUGAUUAGAAAAAAAUUUAAAUGUCAAUUUUAUUGGCAUUUUUUUACUUUUUAUAGGAAAAGUUUUUUUCCUGAUUUUUUUAUUUGAAGUUACAGAUAAAGAACAAGAGUUUUGUAGGAAAAUUGAACUUUUCAGGAAUCUAUAAAUUUUUCGUUGUGUUAAUUAUGUAAAGAUUUGACGCCUCACGAAAAAAUUUUCAAAAAAAAAAGAAUAAAUUUUCUUUUCCCGCUUGAAAAGUGAGGAAAAUUUCAGAGUCCCAAUAUUUUUUCAAAAAUUUGUGAAUUUUCAGUUCGAAGUGAUUCCACAAAAGCGAGUUCCAUUGUUGAAUCUUUUCGGCCCAAACAGCCGAUUCACGGAUCCUUUCCGCAACCGGAUCUACAAGAAGAAAAUUCGCUCCGUUCAGCCUAAUGGUUCGUUUUGAGCUUUGUAAAAAGUGAUUUGAAAAAAGUGAGCUCCUCUGAUAGCGAGAAAAUUAUUAGAGUCGCUUCAAAACGGAAUCAAAAAUAUUUAAAAAAUUGGUGCAUUUAGCCCUAUUUUAGAGCAAAUUCGCCCGACUGAUAACAAAAUUAUCAGUAGAGCACAUUUGAAUCAAAUCGAAAAAGCUCAAAAGCCAAAUUUCAGACCCGAUUCUACUACCAUGCGGAAAGGAGGAGUGCCCCUACUUGUACAAAUGA